AUGUAUCGAGUAGCAUUCACGUCAAGCAUUCUGUUUGCGGCUGUAGUAUUGUCUCGUUGUCACAACAACUGUCGAAAAUAUCUCGGCGAGUAUGAAAGCUGUAUUGAAACACAUUUACACUACUUGAAGAAUAAAGUUGAUUCUCUUGAUGAACAGGUUGGAAGGUUCUCUUCUAUGACCCAGCCAAAAACUCUUACAGCUUUCCAAGCUCAACUUAGUUCUGAUAGAACCUUUAAUGGAGGGUCAAUAUGGAAAUAUGACCAGGUUCUGACCAAUGUGGGAAGUGGCUACAAUCCGGCCACGGGAAAAUUUAUUGUGCCUAGAAAUGGUGUCUAUUUAUUCACUUGGUACAGUCUCAGUGCUCCCAAAAAAUAUGCACAUCCAGGAUUAUUCGUAGAUGGGAGGAUUAAAGGGAGACAGGCUUCAUAUAACAAAGGUGGUGGGGAUAAGUGGAUAACGACUGGCAGCACUUUGGUUCUGAAAUUGCAGAAGGGAAACGUCGUAUGUAUCAUGGAUGCCCAUGGUAGUAGGUCACAAGUGUCGGGUAGAUGGACAGCCUUUGGUGGUGUGCAAAUUAGUUAA